UUCAGUAGACAAGUCGGAAAAGCACAACGUUUUUCCUGCCACCAUCACCAUGGACAACUCAUUUCAAAUAGUGAUAUUGAGAAGAGGUCUUAAGUUCGCCUUUUUUGUUGUACAUUUUUUUGGAUUGUGGCCAUUCAGAUUCGUCCACCAGAACAGUCAAAUCAAAUACAGUUUCAUCAAAGCCAUUCACUCAAUAUGUCUGUUAUUUGGCGGAAUAAUUGUAUAUCAAGUUAUUGGAGCGAUGACUUUCGAUGGUGGGAAUAAAGCAUUUUUCGGUUCGUACACAUUAAGAUAUGUGCUGCUGAUAUACGCUCAAUCCGUACUGCUCUCAUUUGUGUUUGCAUAUCUCGGUCUGCAUUGGUUCGCUAAAGAAAUUGAAAAUGCUUACAUAAAGUGGAUGGACUUGGUGAACGAAAUGGGUGAUUGCCUGUACAAUUUUGACUUGUCGGGUUACAUUUGGGAAUUUGUGUUGAGAACAAUUGUCGUAGAAAUUAUUCAGGGUAUUGGAUCGUAUACCUACAUGACAAACUCUGAGAGUACCACAGAAUUAAUUGCUACGAGGCCGUACUUAGUGUUUUUUCUGCAGUUGCCGCCGUAUGUAGCGAGACUGCAAAUGAAUAUAUUUUAUGGUGUUGUUGUUGCCAUCCAUUUAUUCACGAGAAUAGUAAAUUUUCGUUUAACUAAUAUUGUGGCUGAAGCAACUGAAACUGCAAGAUAUAAACAUAUACAGAUGUGCAACUAUUGUCAUUGUAGUGACGAAUUGGAUAGACUAUCAACAUUGUAUUUAAAACUGGCACAAGCAACGAAGUCAAUGAAUUCUAUUUUUUCGAUUCCCAUAGUUCUGUGGAGCACGACAAUAAUAGUAACACUAACCGUACAAUUAUUGAACCAAGUCAUUUCAGUUAUAGAGUUAACUUUACACCUCAGUAAGAAUGCUUUGAUAUUCAAUGUAUAUGGAUGUUUAGCAAUUAUCCUCUCGACAUUCGACCAGUUGUCUAUUUCGAAUGCAUGCCAAAGAAUAAAUAAUUCGACUAGUAAGGCAUCAUCAAUUUUACAUUCAAUGAAAAUAAGCCGUGAUGUUGACCUGAGAUUGCGUAAAAGUGUUUGCCAGUAUGCCUUAAACGUGAAUAAUUAA